AAUAUCGCGGGGUUCUUAAAGCAGCGGGAAGCAAUACGUUACGCUGGCCCCAUUUCCUAAGGUCUCGGAGCAACGACGGGUUAACUUUCUAGCCAUUUUAACUGCCUGCAUUUCGUGGAUUCAAACAGUACUUUGCAUUUCUUGGACAAUUGAAUGACUCUUUCCUCUCUCAGUCGGACUCUAAGGUCAAUCUAUGGAUAUUGAUGAUAUUUUUGGCAUCAUUCAACCUGUGAAUGUUCCAAGGAAGAGUGCAAUUUAUGUGUGGGGAUACAAUCAAUCUAGGCAGACAGGUAGAAAGGAGGAUAACGACCAGUUGCGGAUUCCAAAGCAGCUGCCUCCUGAGCUAUUUGGAUGCCCAGCUGGUUUAAAUGCACGCUGGUUGGAUGUUGCUUGUGGUCGUGAGCAUACAGCAGCAAUAGCCUCUGAUGGGUCUCUGUUUACUUGGGGGGCUAAUGACUUUGGCCAGUUGGGUGAUGGAACUGAGAACCAAAGAAAAUGUCCCAAGAAGGUAAAACAGUUACAAUCUGAGUUUGUAAAAUCUGUGUCCUGUGGAGCCCAUUGUACUGCUUGCAUUUCAGAACCCCGUGUGAGGGAUGGUGCCAGGCCAUCUGGAAGGCUCUGGGUUUGGGGGCAGAAUCAGGCUUCAAAUCUUCCUCGCUUAUUUUGGGGUGCUUUUAAACCUUAUAUGAUAAUUCGUGAAGCGUCUUGUGGAGCUGCUCAUGCAGUCGCUUUGUCUGAAGAUGGUCUAUUACAAGCUUGGGGCUACAAUGAGUAUGGUCAACUUGGCCGUGGUGUUACUUGUGAAGGAUUACAAGGUGCUCGUAUAAUAACUGCUUAUUCAAAAUUCCUUGAUGAAACCCCAGAGCUGGUGAAGAUUACCAAAGUGUCAUGCGGCGAGUACCACACAGCAGCAAUCUCUGAUAAGGGCGAGGUCUACACAUGGGGCCUCGGAAAUAUGGGUCAACUUGGGCAUUCUUCUCUCCAGUAUGGAGAUAAAGAGCUUCUGCCCAGGCGAAUUGUUGCCCUUGAUGAUAUUUUUGUGAAAAAUGUGGCGUGUGGUGGUGCACAUUCUUGUGCUUUGACUAAGGAAGGAGCUCUUUAUGCUUGGGGUGGUGGCCAAGCUGGUCAGUUAGGCCUUGGGCCCCAUCCUGGGUUCUUUUCUUGCGUCCCCAAUGACUCUCGGACAUUCUUUCAGAAUAUUCCAGUUUUAGUUAUUCCAAAAGGGGUGCAACUUAUGGCAUGUGGACAUUGCCACACUCUGAUUUCCACAAGCGAUGGUAGAAUUCAUGGAUGGGGUUAUAAUAAUUAUGGUCAGGCUGCCAACGGGAAAUCUACAUAUGCGUGGUACCCAUCGCCUGUCGACUGGUGCGUUGGGGAAGUGCGGAAACUAGCGGCUGGUGGGGGCCAUUCGGCAGUGCUGACUGAUGCAUGUUGCUUGAAGGAAUUGUGUGAGUUUACGCUUGCAGACAAUCUGACUUUAUCUAAUGCUUCGGAGGUAGAGGAUGUUGCGGCUAGAACCGGCUCAGAUGCUUUGGCACGGCUUUGUGCCAGACUCAGGGAGAAUUUGCUCGUUGCUAAUGAUUGUGCAAGAGAUGUGAAGAACAGUAAAAUUUGAAACUGUUGAAGUAUUAAUUGUAAUGCAUUUCCUGUAAUUCACACAUAUUCAUAACCGGCUUUGUAUUUGCUUGAACAAAAGUAACCAGGCUGGAUGAGGAUUCCUUGGUCAGAUUACUACAUAAUCAAUAAGGUCCUUGCACCAUUUCAUGACAUUGAAUGCCUGCAUUGAAGAUUUACAUCACUCUUGUAAUAAAUGUGAAUAUAUUAGAUAUAACUUGCAUUCUUCGGCAGUAAUUCUGCCUGUUUUCGGGUUC